UGGUCAUUCCCUGCACUGUCUGCAGUCUCUGGUCAUUCCCUGCACUGUCUGCAGUCUCUGGUCAUUCCCUGCACUGUCUGCAGUCUCUGGUCAUUCCCUGCACUGUCCGCAGUCUCUGGUCAUCUCCUGCACUGUGUCCGCAGUCUCUGGUCAUCUCCUGCACUGUGUCCGCAGUCUCUGGUCAUCUCCUGCACUGUGUCCGCAGUCUCUGGUCAUCUCCUGCACUGUGUCCGCAGUCUCUGGUCAUCUCCUGCACUGUGUCCGCAGUCUCUGGUCAUCUCCUGCACUGUGUCCGCAGUCUCUGGUCAUCUCCUGCACUGUGUCCGCAGUCUCUGGUCAUCUCAUGUGUCCGCAGUCUCUGGUCAUCUCCUGCACUGUGUCCGCAGUCUCUGGUCAUCUCCUGCACUGUGUCCGCAGUCUCUGGUCAUCUCCUGCACUGUGUCCGCAGUCUCUGGUCAUCUCCUGCACUGUGUCCGCAGU